GGGGGGGCUGUGGGUGCAGGAUGUAUCCGCUUGGAGCGGAUAUGUUGUCAGCUGAAGGGUUGGAGUGAAGAUCAAACACUGGUCGCGGUACAGUGACCGCCGCUGAAGCCCAACUGAGGGGCGGGGAGUGGAGUGGAGGGGAGUGGAGGGGAGGACUGCACUGCACUGCACAGCACAGCAGCUCAGCCAAGAGACGUGAGGGAGGAUUGUGGAGAUGUGUGUAGAUACAGUGGCCGCACUCACUCACUCUCUCACACACACACAGCACCAGCUCCAGGUAACUUUUGGCUGAAUGAAGUGGAACAGAAUUUUGAAAGAAAAGAAAAGGAAGGCACAUCUGCCAAGAAAGUGACUUUUGCUGUGUGGGCCACAUACUGAGCAUACUGCUCCAUGGGAAUGGCACUGCCGAGAUCUCUGACUUCUCUGCUCCUGUUUGUUUGUGGACUGGGAAUAGGUUUUGUCUUCUGUCAUCUGGCUAUUAGUUUAAUAAAUAUGAAACCUCCCCAGCACAGUCACCUGGUCUACAAUGACCCCCACGGCCAUUUAGAAGACAAUCAUCACGAUCUUCAUGGAGAGAUGAAUUUUGAUGCUGACCUCAGUCAGCAUAAAGAUGAAAACCAAAGUGUUGCUGAUGAUUUGUAUAAGAAAGUGCGAAUCCUGUGCUGGGUGAUGACAGGGCCCCAGAAUCUAGCCACAAAGGCUGCACACAUCAAAGCCACUUGGGGCAAAAGGUGUAACAUCCUGCUUUUCAUGAGCUCGGAAGAAAACAAAGAUUUCCCUGCAGUGGGGCUGGAUGUUAAAGAAGGCAGGGACCAACUGUUCUGGAAAACUAUCAAAGCUUUUCAGUAUGUUCAUGAACAUCACUUUGAUGAUGCCGAUUGGUUUAUGAAAGCAGACGACGAUACAUACACUAUUGUUGAUAAUCUGCGAUGGUUGCUCUCAAGGUACUCUCCUGACCAGCCUAUCUACUUUGGAAGAAGAUUUAAGCCAUAUGUUAAACAAGGUUACAUGAGUGGGGGUGCUGGGUAUGUGCUGAGCAAGGAAUCAUUGAAAAGAUUUGUGGAUGCAUUUAAGACAGGGAAGUGCAAGCAUUUUACAUCUGUUGAAGAUGUAGCCAUUGGGAAAUGUAUGGAGGCUGUUCAAGUAGAAGCUGGUGAUUCCAGGGAUACACUUCAAAGAGAAACAUUUCAUCCAUUCCCACCAGAGCAUCAUUUAACGAUAACCUACCUGCCUAAAACCUUCUGGUACUGGAGGUACUGCUACUAUCCUGCUGUGGAGGGUCCUGGAUGUUGCUCAGAUCUGAGCGUUUCAUUUCACUACAUUAAUUCUAAAGCCAUGUACUUCAUGGAGUACAUAUCCUAUCACCUACGACCAUAUGGCUACAGGUUCAGGUUCAGGCCUGAAUCUUUGCCAAGCAACGAAAAAAUCAUAAAACCUAUUUCUUAGGAAAGAAUCAUUUAGAUUAAAAGAUUCUGAAUUGAAAGAAAAAUGAACUGGAUGAUAUCGAUAACUGGAAGAUGAAGAUUAUGCAUUUGAGCAUUGGAAUUCAUUUUCAUACAUGUUACACUGGACCAUGCUAGCCUUACAAUGCAUAUGGCAUAUAUUUUAGGUUUAUGAUUCACACGAAUAAAACAAAUUGGUUGGGAUGUGGGUGGUCUUGCAUUAGAAUAUUUCCGCUUGUAUUGUUUUGUAAAACUACUGGAUACGUGAAUAGAAAGAUACCCACUAAGUCUCUUUUUACAGAAAAUCUAAGAGCACAGAAGUCCUAGUUGCUACUGCAUGUAAUGUCUAUGUGGGGAUGUAAAACCAUCAAUAGUUUGGGGAAAAUCCAGACAAGAUUGGGAUUAAAAACAAUUGUUAUAUUUGGAGGAUUAAGGUGGAAAUUCCUUUCCUUUAUAAUUGAAGUUUCAAAACCUUGAUCAGAUUACAACUGCACAGAUAAUGAGUGUUUUUUAAAAAAAUAGUAACAUUUAGUUGAAAUUUCUAUUUUUAUGUUAAGCAGAAAUGCAUAUAGUUUGGAUCUGAUAUGACCCAUCCUAUUUUAUUUCUCUCACGAAAGCGUACUAUCAAAAUGAAAUGCGUAUAUAUAUAUUUACUGCUGCUCACGUGGCAUUGAUGAUUCUGGAUUGCUACUUCCAGCUAUUUUAUACAAACUGCAGUUUUUCUAUUUCAACUUAAGUCUCCUGUCAGGGAUUGAGUUGUGGGAAAGAAUUGGUAUCUGUGGAAUUGGAAAGAAUUGGUAUGGCCCACCACUGCAUGAACUGUUAAUUGAAGGGAAAUGAUUGACAGUGAUAGUUGUCGACAAUGCUUUUUGAGCCAUUUGUAUACCUUGUUAAUCUAAAGUCUUGAGAUGGAAAUUGGCACCACUGAUGCAAAGUCAUGAAGAACGUUCAAUAAGUGCACUGCUUAGGUUAUGUGAGGACCAUGGACAUUUUUAAAUGCAUUUCUCGAAACCCUAUUUACAGAUUAAAAUGCCCAUACAAUGAGAAAACAAUUGUGAGUGAAGCUGCAUUGUCUAUGUGCUGCUUAUUACAAAUCUCAUUGAGCUGCUCUGAAGUCACUGACUGCUCAUUUGAUUUGAGGGAGUGAUUCUCUGGUCACUGUAAAUUGCCCUAGAGUGGUUAUGAGCUGAUAAUGGGAUUUCCCAUCAAAAGUAGAGUAAGAAAUGCUUAACCUCCAAAGGUCAGUAAAAUUGCCUGACAAUCACAGAAUCGCAUUAUGGUGUUUGAUCUGAUGUUCCAGAGGCAAGCUUAAUGUGGAACAUACUGAUUCUAAUACUGUUGGCAUUUCCUGUGUAAUUGGGGGAAAAGGGGAAAUAUUUUUAAAACAUUUGAAGAUUUUUAUGCUUAAAAAUGAUCCUAUGUUUUUUUCUGAAGAAUUGAAUUUCAUUAGCAUAUUUAUAGAUUAUAAAAUGUCUACAUACAUAAGAUUUGGAAUGCUCUACUAAUGUGAAAUUUUGUAAGACAAAAUUAUCUCAUGUAAUUUUUUUACAAUGCACAGAAUUUUACUUUGAUGACUGGGACCAAAACUCAGGUGUAAAGUUUUGAGUAUGUGUUUUAUAGAUAAACAAUAACUUUACUGAUCUUCAUGUACUUUUCGUUUUAAAAGAUGGAAUUACAUUGCAAAUGGGGCCCAAAUACCCAAAUGUGCAUUAUAUGUAGAGCAUGCUGUAUGUUAAAAAAUGAAUUAAUGAAAAGCUUGAUCAAUGAUUUUAAAUUGGACUGUGGAAUCCCAUUAUAUAUUUUUGGGGUUGAUGUGGGGGUGUGUGUUAUCUUUUGAUUUUGUGGGUGUGAUUUAUCAGAGUAUGCACAACACAAUUUUAUGCAUUUAAGAGCUGAGAAUAUUUUUAUUGUUCUAAAAAAUUUGGUAUGAAAAUGUUUAUAUUAAAAUUUAUAUUUGGCAGAAUGGUUCCUUUUGUUACCAAAUUCACACUGUGCAUAGAUCCUCAUUCCAGCAGAGACGCUCCAAAAUCUUGUUCUGUGCCAAGUGUGGGAAAUGUUGUUUAAACUUUAACAUAGAUUGAUGUUCCAAUUGGAAGUCAUAAUGAAGACCUGGUACAAGAAUAUCUUACAAUCAAAUAAAUAUCCCAAGUGGGACACUUUUUUGUUGUACAUUGUUAUUGCAGAAUAGGCAAAUUGAUGGGAAAAUAAAUAUUUUUGGGUAUAGGAGGCUGUGGUUUUACUAAGUUGUGAACCAACUCUUCUUCUCCCCCCAAACACAUCGCAAAUUUAGAAUGUUGUUGCAAAACACAAAAUACUGCAGAGGCUGGAAAUCUGAAACAAAACCAGAGAGA